AUGGAAGUGGCAUAUCGCUAUGGUGAACAAAUUGAAACUACUGUUGAAACAAUGCGACGCCGAUGCCUUGCGAUUUACGAUGGUACAAUAACUCUGGGACAGAAAGGAGUGCGAGCUGCAGAAAAGUUACGCGAAUACGCCGAACCGAUUAUUUAUGACAUUUCUGAGAGCGUGCAAACUGCAAUACAGGACUUGAGUCCACUGGAUGCAGGUGAUAGAGAAUUUCGCAAUAAUUUAUUGGAAUUAUACUUGAGCUGCUCUGUCCUUUCAAUUGGAAUCAGUGCAGGAGAAAUUUCUGGUACGCUUUUGCUAGGGAUGCUCUACAGAAAAAUAUUUGAUUGGUGGUGGGAACUGUUGCUGGUAAUCUUAUUGCCAUAUUAUGUUUAUCUUACAUUUAGAAAAAAUGCAGCACUGGACGAAACUGAAAGACGUGUCAACUUAUUUGGCUUGGGUCUUGCGAUCGGCUCGUGUACAGGGCACAUGAUGGGAUAUCGGCUAAUUUCGACCCUUCCGUCAGUCAAUUUUAUCCAGCCAUUCAUCUUAGCGCUGAUGGUGGAUCCAGAACUUUCCCCAUCAACCGUAUAUUCGCCACGGCAAAAUUUAUUAGCUGCAAGCAUAGGCGCAGGUGUCGCCGCAGCUACUUUACUUGGCAUGAUCCAUGGCCUGUCGUUCUGUAUUAUCUUAUCAAUUGUUACACAAGCUGUAUUUCUCGCUACUCAUUUCCAGGUCGUGCUGCAUACAAUGAAAAACAAAUCAUAUGGAGUCGGAGAAGCUCAAUUGUGCUAUGUGCUCGGAUCGAUAAUCAGCCAAAUCCCGCUAGCAAUUGUGUUCGGUACUAGUACUGCUAAAUAA